AUGGUGCGCAGGACGUAUGCUGUCUUCUGGACCGUUGCUUCCAAUAUCCUCGAAGGAGUGCUCGAGACUGCGGCUGUCAAUUCGCCCUGCUGCAUGCAGCUCCAGACGAGAUUACUCAGAGCAGCUAGCGGAGUCCCGCCCGCGGGAGACCGCGGGCUUAUCCUCAAUGCCAAUCCCGGUGUACGGCACAUGCGUUGGUCUCACACUCACACACAGAGCCUUGAAUGUGAGGAGCGGUUAUUGGCGCGCUGUAAUCGUCCUCGCGUCAACUCAGCUAUCUUCGUUUCAGCCGAGCCCACUAGUUUCGCCGGCUUUGAUCCUAGCGAAUUUCUCAGACGACACGGAUCACAAUCUCAAUUGUGCCGUAAGGCCAGAUCAGCGGAUAAUAUUCCUCUUACUACAAUGAGUGAUUCUUCAGAGAGGUUAUGCAAAAUAAAGGCUCCUCGCGAGGAGACAAUCAACGAAGAAGCUAAAUCUGAGGACAGUGGUAGUGUUGAGACGGUCAGACAUUUCGGUCUGCCAAUUCUGUCCGUAUCAGGACCAUCUCCCCCAGAUGAAGACUACGACCAGAUAGAUGAAUAUCUGUAG